UGGGUAGUCGCUGUUGCUAUGACAUCGCUUUAAGAGACGCCUCAGAGUGAAGCAUUGUGGCCAACAUACAGCGAAUUUAUGAAUAUGAUGGUAUAAAGAAGACUAAAGCGAACGAAUUUCAUCAACAUGAAGAGUGUUUUCGUUCUUGCUGACCGUGCUUGGGCAGGUUCUUGUGUUCUUUACAAGUGGCAGAAAAGUCUUGGUAAUUACAUUGCUGUUGCUGGACAGGACACCUCCGUGAAAAUAUUUGAUCGACAUGGACAGAAGUGGACUGAACUCAACCUUCCUGGGCGCUGCAUGGGCAUGGACUGGGAUAAGGAUGGGGACAUUUUGGCAGUGAUUGCUGCAAAGUCCAGCUCCAUCUUCCUCUGGGAUGCCAGCGUCAAUAAAACAUCACAGAUAGACAGCGGCAUGAGCAAAGAUCAUAUGAGUUUCAUCCUGUGGUCAAAAACUAGCCCCCUGUUGGCUGUAGGGACAGCAAAAGGAAAUCUGCUCAUCUAUAAUCAACAGACUUCACGCAAGAUACCCAUAAUAGGUAAACACACCAAGAGAAUCACCUGUGGGUGCUGGAGUUCUCAGAACCUGCUGGCUCUGGGAAGUGAAGACAACACUCUAACCAUCAGCAAUCACGAGGGAGACACGAUCAGACAGGCUUCGCUUCGGGGUGAGCCUGGUGAAAUAUUUUUCUCUGUGAUGAAAAUGGAUGAAAGGUCCUCACAGGGGGAGAGUACUGUAAGUAUGUCUGUGGACAAGAAGAUACUGACGCUUUUUAAUCUCAAUGACCCCCAAAACCCAAUCGAGCUGGCCUUUGAGCGUCACUACGGAAACCUUGUGUCCCAUCGCUGGUUUGGUGAUGGAUACAUACUGAUUGGCUUUUCCCACGGAUACUUCCUGGUUAUUUCCACACACAUCAAUGAGAUCAGAUCUGAGCUCUAUCAGGCCCGAAACCAUAAAGAUAGUCUAUACAGCGUGGCCGUUUCAGCUUCACUAAACAAAGCUGCCUCCUGUGGGGACAACUGCAUAAAGAUACAUGAGCUGUCUGACUUGAAAGAUAUCAGCAGUGUUGUUCAGUUGGAUGAUGAAACCAAAGGUCUGGAUCAGCUGAGCUGGACUGAUGAUGGCCAGCUUCUGGCACUUUCCACACAGAGAGGGACGAUUCACGUCUUCUUGACCAAGCUUCCAAUGUUGGGGGACCGUUUUGGUACCCGGCUGGCCUACCUCACUUCCCUACUGGAAGUCACUGUCUCCAACCAGGCGGAGGGGGAGAAUCCCGUGGCCAUUCAGGUGGAGGUAGAGCCUACAUUCAUUGCUGUAGGGCCGUACCACGUGGCUGUGGGCAUGAACAACAGAGCCUGGUUUUACGGUUUGCCAAAGAUAAAGGACAUUGAAUAUCUGGGGACCAUAGCCAGUAUGUGCCUUAACGCUGACUACGCCGCAGCUCUGUUUGAAGGCAAAGUGCAGCUACACAUGAUUGAAGGCAGAGAUGCAGAGGACAGGCAGCAGAUGAAGCUCUUCCCAGAUGAUAACAAGAAAGGCCGGAUCCUUUGCCACGCCCUUACUCCGGACUUUCUUUAUUAUGGCACUGAUCUGGGUAAUGUGGAGUGUGUUCUGCUGGAGGAGAUGGAGACUCUGAAAUGCUACAGCCAUUCAGUCGGUGUAAGGAAGGUGUUCCCUGACCCAAACGGGACGUGGUUGGUGUUCAUCGAUGACAAGAAUGGAGGCUUCUUGUUCUCCCCUGCAAAUACAGCUGUAUCCUGCUUCGAGCUCCCUGACUUUUCCCCCACCAUCACAGGGGUGCUGUGGGACAACUGGCAUGCAGACAGAGGUGUAUUUGUUGCUUUUGAUGACGACAAGGUUUAUACCUACACCUUGCAUAAAAUGACUAUAUAUGGUCCCCAGGUGGUGUUAGUGGAUACCACCGCUUUGCUCUACUCUCAAAGACCUCUUCUCUUGUACAACGGUAAGCUGACCUGUCAGACGACAAGCGGGAAGACAAGCGAAGUAGUCCUGAGCACACACUCAUUUCUCAAAAGCGCACACGAUACACCGAAAACCUCCCCUUCAGAGUUUAGUAAUCAGCUCGCUCAAGCUCUCAAAGUCAAAAGGUUCCACGAGGCUUGGAGUUUAUGCGAGUCUGGAGGCAGUGAAGCCGACUGGGCGGAGUUAGGCAAAACCUGUUUGAUCCACAUGGAAGUGGAGCUGGCCAUUCACAUCUACCGUAUGAGUGGCAAUGUGGGCAUGGUCAUGUCAUUACAGAGCAUACAGGGCAUAGAAGAAAGAAAUUUACUAGCAGGGUAUUUGGCCAUGUUCUUGGAUGAAUAUAACCUGGCCCAGGACCUUUUUCUCUCUUCAAGCCGACCAGCAGCUGCUCUGGAGAUGAGAAGAGACCUGCUGCACUGGGACAGUGCUCUUAUGUUGGCCAAUAGGCUUGCAGAAGACCAGAUCCCCUUCAUAUCCAAAGAAUACGCAAUCCAUCUGGAGUUCAUAGGAAAUUAUAUUAAUGCUUUGACACACUAUGAAAAAGGAGUGACAAACAAUAAGGAAUUCCAGGAGCAUGAUGAGGCAUGCCAGGCUGGCAUAGCCAGGAUGUCCAUCAGGACGGGUGACAUACGAAGAGGAACAGCUCUGGCGAUUCAGCACCCAAACAGGGUCCUUAAGAAGGAAUGUGGAGCAAUACUGGAGAGCAUGAAGCAAUUCUCUGAAGCUGCUCAGCUGUAUGAAAAGGGGCUGUAUUAUGAUAAGGCUGCGUCGGUGUACAUUCGCUGCAAGAACUGGGCGAAGGUGGGAGAGCUGCUCCCAAAUGUCUCCUCUCCAAAGAUCCAUUUCCAGUACGCCAAGGCCAAGGAGGCGGACGGCAAAUAUAAAGAGGCAGCUCAGGCCUAUGAGAAUGGAAAGGACUGGGAUAACAUGAUCCGUGUGCUGCUGGACCACCUUAACAAUCCAGAGGAUGCAGUUCGUGUUGUCAGGGAGACUCAGAGCAUCGACGGAGCAAAAAUGGUUGCCAGGUUCUUCCUGCGCCUGAAGGACUAUCGGUCAGCCAUCCACUUCCUGGUUCUGUCUAAUUGUAAUGACGAAGCUUUCCAGCUGGCUCAGCAGCACGGACAGAUGGAGGUCUAUGCAGACAUCAUUGGUUGUGAAGCAACACAAGAGGACUAUCAGAGCAUUGCUCUGUACUUUGAGGAAGAAAGAAAGCACUUUCUGGCUGGCCAGUUUUUUUACAAAUGUGGGCAGUACAGCAAAGCUUUAAAUCAUUUCUUAAAGUGUCCCAAAACCGAAGACAACCAGCCAAUUGAGCUGGCCAUCAGGACGGUGGGAGAAGCCAAGGACAACACUUUGACCAAACAGCUGAUUGAGUAUCUCCUAGGAGCAAGUGACGGGAUGGCCAUGGAGGCAAAGUACCUUUUCCGCCUCUACAUGGCCCUGCAGCGAUACAGCGAGGCUGCUCACACUGCCAUUGUCAUCGCCAGAGAGGAGCAGUUCGCAGGUAACUACAGAAACGCCCAUGAUGUGCUGUUCAGCAUGCACAGAGACCUGCAGUCUCAGAAGAUUAAGAUCUCCACGGACAUGGCGACCAAUCUGAUGAUCCUCCACUCGUAUCUACUGGUGAAGAUGCACGUAAAGAAAGGGGAUCACCUCAAAGGGGCGCGGAUGCUCAUUCGGGUUAGCAACAACAUCAGCAAAUUUCCUGCACAUGUCGUCCCCAUUCUGACAUCAGCAGUUAUUGAAUGCCAACGCGCCGGUCUGAAGAAGUCGGCCUUUGACUUUGCAACCAUGUUGAUGAGGCCGGAGUACCGAAACCAGAUUGACCUAAAGUACAGGAAGAAGAUUGAGGCUUUGGUUCGCCAUCCUAACACCUCCGAGUUAGAGGAGGAAACUAAGCCCUGUCCUUACUGUGGCUUCCAGCUGCCAGAGAAUGACCUGAUGUGCAUCUCCUGCAAGAACAACAUCCCCUACUGCAUUGCCACGGGUCGUCACAUGCUGAAAGAAGACUGGUCCAUGUGUCCUCACUGUGAAUUCCCUGCUCUCUACUCUGAGUUCAUUUUGCUGCUGGAGACGGAGUCUGUGUGUCCCAUGUGCUCUGAGAAUCUGAGUGCCACACAGGUGAAGAAGAUCACCGAUUGUUCCAGAUACCUGCAAAAUCAGGACCUGGAUCAAUGACCACCAACCCACGGGACCAUUUUAUAAAGUCUGAUAUUGGCUGAUAUUUGUUUUUAAAAAAUUAUUAAAUGUUACUGUUCACAUUUGUAUUCA